CAACAACACUUCCUGGAACUUGGCCAAAAGUUGCUGCUGCUCCACCAGCAAAUGCAAGUUAUACAAAACUUGUAGAUCUCACCAAGGUUAGGAAUGCUCCUAUCACUAAAUUGAAUGCUGCCGGUAGUCCUACUUGUGCAGCUCAAGAUACUUACUGUUAUUGGUCUUGCACAACUUGCGUUAGAAACGAGACCGAUAUUUAUUUUUGUCCUAAGAAAUUAGAUUGGGGUCUUUCUUUAGAUGAUGGCCCAACUGAUUUUACAACACAAGUCUUGGACUUUUUAGACACCCAAAAUAUUAGAGUCACCUUUUUUGUUAUUGGCUCUAAUGUAAUUCAACAUCCCGAAAUCUUACAAAGAGCUUAUAAAGCAGGACAUCAAAUUGGUGUACAUACUUGGUCACAUACUAUGUUAACAACUGAAAGCAGUGAGGUAGUUAUUGCCGAACUCAUGUAUACUCGUGAUGCUAUAAAAGCCGCUAUUGGUGUUACUCCUAAAUACAUGCGUCCACCAUAUGGAGAUUAUGAUGACCGAAUUCGUGAUAUUUCAACUCAACUUGGUUUAAUACCAACUGUUUGGGAUUUAGAUACAAACGAUUGGAUGUCAGCAGAUGAUAAAACUUUCCAACUUUCCUGGAUCACUGCUAACUUUACUCAAUGGGUAUCUGAUCCAAAACUCGCCAACACUGGCCAUAUCUCCCUCGAACACGACUUAUAUAAUCAAACCGCUGCUCAAAUUCCUUUGGUCGUGCCAAUCCUUAAGAAAGCUAAUUAUAAUAUAAAACCUAUUUAUGAAUUUCACACUGAUAAUCCUGCUUCAACAAACCAAAAAUCCGAUGCUACAAGAAUAUUCAAUAACAAUCUUUUGCAAAUGAUGUUAUUAACAUCUUAA